AUGGACAAGCCUGAUGAAGCAAAUUUCACUGUUGUGGAGGAUUUUGUCAUUACAUCACAUGAUGUCCUCUUUACCAAGACCCCCUGGGAGAAGUGUCUGUUCUUGGUACCAAAAAUAAUAGUGAUUUAUGAUCUUUAUGGAAUUUUAAGUUUUAUAAUUGACCCUCCUUUUUAUCUUUCCAGUAUCAUUGUAUUACAAAAACUGACAGGUUUUCUUUUCUGUUUACCCUUUAGCCGGCCUCAGAAAGUGUGUUUAUGUCCAUUUCUACCAGUCCAUCCUCUACACAUCUCUACCCGCUUGUACAUAAUUCAGCAUCCAGCAGAGGAAAACAAAGUGUUGCGGACAGUUCCUCUACUAGCAGCAUGCCUCCCCAGGGACAAGUGUAAAGUCAAGAUUGGUCGUCGCUUCAGUGAAGAAAGGGAUCCUGAACUUUCAGCUGUUUGCCAAAAAUCUGGUACAUUAAUAUUAUAUCCAGGGGCUGAAGCUGCUAAUUUGGAAGAAUAUGUAUUAGAUUCUCCUGUUUAUCCUUCCACAGUCAUCAUCAUUGAUGGUACAUGGAGCCAGGCCAAGGAUAUUUUCUAUAAGAAUUCCUUGUUCCGACUUCCCAAACAGGUGCAGUUAAAAACUAGCAUUUCUAGUCAGUAUGUAAUUCGAAUGCAACCAACUAAUAGUUGCCUUUCUACACUGGAGUGUGCGGCUGUUGCUCUUUCCAUUUUAGAGAAGAAUAAUCACAUACAAGAGACUUUGCUUCGACCUCUUCAAGCUUUGUGCUCUUUCCAGCUUCAGCAUGGUGCUAAAAUUCGCCUCAGCAAGGAACAUCUUCUGAAAAAUGGAUUAUAUCCUAAGCCCAUGCCAAAGAACAAACGUAAACUCAGGAAAAUGGAACUGUUAAUGAACAGUAUUAAAAUUUAGAACAAUUGUUCCUAUGGUGCUAGUUUACUUGUCUUCAGCUGAAAAUAUCGCAUUAGAUUUUCAUACAGUUUGACUUAUGGGUUCUUGAUUGUUUAUAAGAAGAAUGAGAGUUGUAUACUAAUCUUGCCCAGAAGAAUGAAGUAAACCAAAUAGCCAUAAAAACAAAACAAAACAAAAAUUCACUGGCUCAGUGAAAAGCAAGAUUUCAUACUGUAUUUGCUUUUGAAAAUGUGCCUCUAAUACAUUUUUUUUCAAAUCCCUAAUUUAAAAAUGUGAUUAGUAGUUGAGCUGGGUUAGAAGUUAUUGUUUACAAAACAGAAGGAAAUUGUGCCUAGGACAAUGUUUUGUAGAAUUGUUUCCAUUAAUGUUUAUUGGUAAUUAAGUGUAGACCUGUAAUAGAGCAUACUUACACAACUUUGCAAUCUUGUUCAUGAACUUUAUGAUUUGAAAUAAGUAACAAAAGAAAAUAAUGAUAAUCAAGUAAUUUAGAUUGAACUUGUUCAUUUCAAUAAAAUAGUAAAACAGAAUAAUGAAAUUAAAUAUUCUUUA